GCAUUAUGCAACCAGCAAGCAACCAGCAAGCAACCAAACCAGAAUCGUCACCCGAGAAAGAUUCACCACCUGAGAAAGAUUCGUCACCUGACUGAAUGUCCGAGUCCAGCACCUAUCCCGAGCAAAUCGCCAUGGGCCCCUACCAGUACUGGAACUUACAGGAGAAAGGCUGGGUCAGGAUCCUCUCUAUCGAGCCGUCUAGAAUGCUCGCGGACCCGAUCCGAGCCAGCCUGCUGCACCAAUCCCUGAGCGACCUCGAGGAGCGAGGCUACGAGGCCCUGUCCUACUGCUGGGGCAAAGCCAACGCCACGUGCGCGAUCAGCAUCGACGGGGCCUCGUUUCUGGUGCGGCCGAACCUGCUGUCGGCGCUGCGACGGCUCCGCCGCCGCGCGUCCCGUGGUAGGCGGCUGGUCUGGGUCGACGCCAUCUGCACCAACCAGGGCGACAUCGCGGAGCGCAACCGCCAGGUCUCGCAGAUGCACCAGAUAUUCUCCAAAGCGUCUCGCGUCGUCGUUUGGCUGGACGAGGGCGGCCCGCGCACCGACUUCGCCGUCGACACGCUUCAGCAGUGGGCGGCCCCGGCUAAGCAGAUCGAAGACCGCUGGAGGGUGAGGGUCAACACCACCACGGCCAGCUUGCAGGGGUUCUACGACGACUGGACCUUGCUGUACCAGUCGCUCCAGGAUCGCGACGGCAGGCCGUUCUUCCACACCUGCCUGGUCGAGGUUCUGUGGCUGUUCCAGUGCGACUGGUGGAACCGAAUGUGGACGAUGCAGGAGCUGGUGCUCGCCAGGGAGGCCCUGGUGCAGGUCGGGAGCAAGACGGUGCCGUGGAUCGGCGCACACGGCCGGGGGGGAGCAGCCUCCGUGGGCGGCGUGUACACGUCCCUUGUCGCGUCCUUCUUCAACAUGGCCGAGGACCUGAGAGUGCUCCGGGCGCACAGGAGCGCCAACAUCCCCAUAUCCCUGUCGUUUGUGCUCCAGUACACGUCGGCGCGGCUGGCUACGGACGCGCGAGACAAGGUCUACGCCGGGCUGGCGAUCGUCGACUGGGAGGAGACCCAGGAGGCGCUGAGAGCCGACUACAACCUGAGCUGCCGCGAGGUGUACACGUCGGCCAUCAAGACCCUUCUGGCCGAGAGCGGCGAUCUGAGGGCAUACAACUUCCUGCUCGGAACGCCGCCCGGCGGCGGUGGCGAGUUUCCUUCGUGGGUUCCGAGCUUCGCUGCGGAUGUGGUUAGACAGCCCGACCUGUGCUUCCUGGGUGGCGGCUCGCGAGGGGACUUCAUGGUCACUGCCAGCAAGGGCCGUCUCUAUCUCGCAGGUGCCACGCCGGCGCUUGACAUGAAGCACGAGUUGCGGUUCGAGGGUCGCGACAAGAUCAUGGCCAUCAAGGGGGUCUUGAUUGACAGUCUCCAGUCGAUCGGCGACGCUGCUCCACAGGACGACGGCGUCACGGACAACCUGGAAAUCAGCAUCGCCGGCGCCAUCCAGCAAUGGCGUGCUCUGGUGGGCAGCCUCGACGGACACUAUCCCACGGUAGGUCCGAGCGAGAGACGGGAGUCGAAAAAAGAGGCAUUCUGGCGGACAGUCACGCUAGACUGCAAAGUUGUCUUCUACCACGCGGGGCUGAAGCUGCACAACAACCCCCGCGAUAUGCGGCGCAGGCUGAACAGCCCGACGGACGCAAAGAUACCGCCGCGCACACCCAGCGAGGAGAGAGAACUGCUCGCCGCGCUAGACGAGCAGGUCAGAUGGAAAGAGGGCCAGCAGGUAGGGCGGCGGUUCUUCACGACCAGGCGAGGCUUCAUGGGCAUCGGCCCGCCAGAGGCGCAGGCUGGCGAUGUCGUCUGCGUCUUUCUCGGCGGCGAGACGCCGUUUGUGCUCAGGCCUGGCAAUGGGGGCCGGUACAAACUGUUGCGGCAGUGCUAUCUACAUGGGUUCAUGAUGGGCGAGGCAAUUGCUCACGCGUGUCACACCGGAAUAUUGAGGCUGGAAGAGAUAAAGUUGGAAUAAUCAGGCAAGCAUUAAUUGGCAGGGGGGAGAAAGAACGAAUAUUAGAUGACUUGCUGCGAAAACUCAAAUUCUGUAUUGCCGAUUACUGAUAGAUGGUAUCAUCUCCGGACGUUACGUUGGUCGAAGAAGAACUUCCUGCUCGGAAAGCGUGUCGUUACACCUGGGCCCUGGCCCAUUUCCAAUGACCUUCCCUCGUCGCGGCGUCACGGCCGCGUUAGGUACACACUGCUGAUAUAUUUCUCCAAGGCUAUCCCAGCCCUGGGUAUAAAUAUGACUCAAUCCUAACCUUGA